AUGAUUUUUGGUACAUUCACCACUUAUUUUGUCACCUUAGUGGCCACUGUCUCGACGGUUAUCAAUGCCGCAGCCGUCAGCAAAAACCCGGUUUAUACCGGCCUCGGAACUCGCUAUGGUAGUUCUGAUGGCUGCACUGAGGAGAACUGCUGGCAGAACGGUGCCUGUAGUUUCGUUGGCUACAGUUUGCCUGCUGGUAUUGAUGGAUCUACCUGUGUCUCUGCGGACAUCUGGCGCAAGGGUGCCAACUGCGGUGGUUGCAUCCAAGUUUCCUACAAGGGCAAGUCCCUCAAGAUUAUGGUCACCAAUAAGACUGGCGGCGACAAGAACCAUCUCGACAUGACCCCCGCUACCUGGAGCAAGCUCACCGGUGGCAUGGCCGGCGGCGGCGUCGACGGGAUCAAGUGGAAGUGGAUCGAGUGCCCUCUCGGGAAGGCUCCUCUCCAAGUUCACAUGCACGGUGGCGCCUCCAAGUACUGGUUCGCCGCUACCAUCGAGAACAUCACCCACCGCGUCAAGGCUGUCGAGGUCAGCAGUGACAGGGGCAAGACCUGGAAGGCUACCAGCCUCAAGGACCCCAACAUGUGGAUCCUCAAGGGAACUUUGCCUAACGAUAUUGCCUGGGUCCGCGUUACCAGCGUCAACAACAAGAAGGUCAUAGUAAAGAACGUUGCUCUCAAGUCUGGCGCCGUUACUAAGGGUACUUCUAACUUUUAA